GAAACAAUUAUUAUAGAAAUGAAUAAAUAUUCUAGUAUGCACUUUUUUCUCUGUGUGCAUAGUUGCAUAUAUAUAUUGUUGUAUUACAAAUAUAUAAUUUUUGCAUUGCUCAAGCUGCUCAUACCUUGGGUUAUCCUUUUAUAUGCCAGUAAACCUCAUCCUUAGUAAUGGCAUUGACUUUAUAGCAUAAUUUAAAAACCGCAUAUCAUUGGGGAAAAAUUUGUUCUCCCUGCUGUGGUAAAAAUUGCCUAAAUAAUUCAUGAAAAUCAAUACAGCAACAAAUUAAAAUGUACUUUAUUGUCAGCAAGUUGUAACUGUUACUACAUAGUUGAAACCAUUAUUGAAAUAAAAGUAGGAGUUUGUUUUAGGAUUGGAUGGAGGUACCAUUUUCAACUUAUUUGCAUUAAUUGCUAGAAUGUGUUUCUUAAUGGAAUAAAAGCUUCUGGUAGCCUAUGAAACAAUAAGUGAUAGUACACUUUUAUAGAAAUCCAUGUAUUUCCUGACUUAUAAGUAAAUAUGUUGCAUUAGAACAUCUUACUUAGAUUGCUUCUUUGGGCAUUAGUUAUUAAGACACCAUAUUUUAAACAAACCUCUGAACUAAAUAGUAGAAAUCUGGAAUGUAAAUAUUUGAUAAAUUUUCAAAGUUCUAAAUUUCAGAUAUGGAAACUCAUGUCUAGAGCAGAUUCUGUUUUAAUCUCGAUUAUUUAGUUUUUAUGUUAACAUAUUGUAAGACAAUUUCUCAUCUCUGAAAUUGUAGUCUGGAAGUCAUAUUAGGCAGAGUGUCAUAUUAGGCAGAGUCUCUUGUGUUUCACUGGUUUAUUAGGGUUAGUAUAGUAAAUAUUACAGAUUGGGUAACUUAAAUACCAGAAGCUUCUUUUCUAACAAUUCUGGUAGGUAGAAAUCUAUCAUGGAGAUAUCUGUGGGGUUGUUUUCCUAUAAGCAUCUGUCUUUGACUUGCAGAUGACUAUAUUCUUCCUUUGUCUUCACAUAGUUCUUCCUCAGGUCUGUGUCCUAGUAUCUUAUAAGAACAUUAGUUACACUGGAUUAGGGCCUACUAAUAUGUUCUCAUUCUACCUUAAUUAUCAUUUAAAGUUUCUGUCUCCAAAUACAGUUCAUAUUCUGAUGUGUUGUGAUUAUAACUUAAUAGGAAUUUAGGGAGAUGUACUUCAGUCCAUACCAACUGGCCUUAACAAAAGUGAAGAAAAAAUAAAGAGUGAUGGUGAUAGAAAUAUAAGAUCUUUCAUUAGGAAAGUGUAAAAUUUCCUUUAAGUACAAUGCUGUUUUCCAUGUUGUAAACACAUUAUUUUCUUAUUUUGUAUUAUUUUGUCCUUUUCCCUGCUUCUACUUUUUCUUUUUUCUCCCUCAUGUUUUUAUUCUUAAUAUGCCUUCAUUUGCUUAUCAAAAAGCUUUACUCAUCACAAUAUGCCCAGUUUUGAUUCUUCUGUUAAUUACAUCUUUUCAAUGUCUGUUGCAAUACCUGUAGAAAACGAAGGUCUUCACUUUUCUUUAAUAAUAACAGUAAUAAUGAACCUCUGUUAAAGUUGUAUUAAAUAACAUGUAUUAUGCUGAAUGCUUUACUUGAAUUGACUCUCACAACAAGAAUGAGUUGAAUUUGAUAGUGUUUUGUAGGUGAGGAAAUUAAGACUAAAAGAAAAUGAAAUAAUUUUUCCAGGAUUUUAUAGCUAGUCAUUAUUGUUAGGCUUUAAACUGAAUGUAUAACUACUUUCCAGUCACUGGGACACAAAAGUCGAUACAACGUAAAGGAGGAGAGAAUUAAUUUGUUCAUGGUUUCAGUCCAUGAUUGGCUAGCUACAAGGCAAGUAUGUCAUGGCAGAAGGGAAUGGCAGAGGAAGCUGCUUAUACCAUUGGCAGCCACACCUGCAAGCAAAAUCAUCUGAACAUCUACUCCAUCUUGAAAUUAUAAGAACCAAAUUUAGUAGCAUGCUGGUUGGUGGAGAAUUUGAUUUGGAGAUGAACUUUAUUAUCCAGGAUGCUGAGAGUAUAACAUGUAUGACAGAGCUUUUGGAACACUGUGAUGUAACGUGUCAAGCAGAAAUAUGGAGCAUGUUUACAGCUAUUCUACGAAAAAGUGUUCGGAAUUUACAGACUAGCACAGAAGUUGGACUAAUUGAACAAGUAUUGCUGAAAAUGAGUGCUGUAGAUGACAUGAUAGCAGAUCUUCUAGUUGAUAUGUUGGGGGUUCUUGCCAGCUACAGCAUCACUGUCAAGGAGUUGAAGCUUUUGUUCAGCAUGCUUCGAGGAGAAAGUGGAAUCUGGCCAAGGCAUGCAGUAAAAUUAUUGUCAGUUCUUAAUCAGAUGCCACAAAGACAUGGUCCUGAUACUUUUUUCAAUUUCCCUGGUUGUAGUGCUGCGGCAAUUGCAUUGCCUCCUAUUGCAAAGUGGCCUUAUCAGAAUGGCUUCACACUAAAUACUUGGUUUCGUAUGGAUCCUUUGAAUAACAUAAAUGUUGAUAAGGAUAAACCUUAUCUUUAUUGUUUUCGGACUAGCAAAGGAGUUGGUUAUUCUGCACAUUUUGUUGGCAAUUGUUUAAUAGUUACAUCUCUGAAGUCUAAAGGAAAAGGUUUUCAGCACUGUGUGAAAUAUGAUUUUCAACCGCGGAAGUGGUAUAUGAUCAGCAUUGUCCACAUUUACAAUCGAUGGAGGAACAGUGAAAUUCGGUGUUAUGUUAAUGGACAACUGGUGUCUUACGGUGAUAUGGCUUGGCAUGUUAAUACAAAUGAUAGCUAUGACAAGUGCUUUCUUGGAUCGUCAGAAACUGCUGAUGCAAAUAGGGUAUUCUGUGGUCAACUUGGUGCUGUAUAUGUGUUCAGCGAAGCACUCAACCCAGCACAGAUAUUUGCAAUUCAUCAACUAGGACCUGGGUAUAAGAGUACCUUCAAGUUUAAAUCUGAAAGUGAUAUUCAUUUGGCAGAACAUCAUAAACAGGUUCUGUAUGAUGGGAAACUUGCAAGUAGUAUUGCCUUUACAUACAAUGCAAAGGCCACUGAUGCACAGCUCUGCCUGGAAUCAUCACCAAAGGAAAAUGCAUCCAUUUUUGUGCAUUCCCCACAUGCUCUCAUGCUCCAGGAUGUGAAAGCUAUAGUAACACAUUCAAUUCAUAGUGCAAUUCACUCAAUUGGAGGAAUUCAAGUGCUUUUUCCACUUUUUGCUCAACUGGACAAUCGACAACUCAAUGACAGUCAAGUGGAAACAACUGUCUGUGCUACUCUUUUGGCAUUCCUGGUUGAACUACUUAAAAGUUCAGUAGCCAUGCAAGAACAGAUGCUGGGUGGAAAAGGAUUUUUAGUCAUUGGCUACUUACUAGAAAAGUCAUCAAGAGUUCACAUAACUAGAGCGGUCUUAGAGCAAUUUUUAUCCUUUGCAAAAUAUCUUGAUGGUUUAUCUCACGGAGCACCUUUGCUGAAGCAACUUUGUGAUCACAUUUUAUUCAACCCGGCCAUUUGGAUACACACACCUGCAAAGGUUCAACUUUCUCUAUAUACUUACUUGUCUGCUGAGUUUAUUGGAACAGCUACAAUCUACACUACCAUACGCAGAGUAGGAACAGUAUUACAGCUAAUGCACACACUAAAAUAUUACUACUGGGUUAUUAAUCCUGCUGACAGUAGUGGCAUUACACCUAAAGGAUUAGAUGGUCCCCGGCCAUCACAAAAAGAAAUUAUUUCACUACGGGCAUUUAUGCUGCUUUUUCUGAAACAACUCAUCCUAAAGGAUCGAGGAGUGAAGGAAGAUGAACUUCAGAGCAUAUUAAAUUACCUGCUUACAAUGCAUGAGGAUGAAAAUAUUCAUGAUGUGUUACAAUUAUUAGUGGCUUUAAUGUCAGAACACCCAGCCUCAAUGAUACCAGCUUUUGAUCAAAGGAAUGGAAUAAGGGUGAUCUACAAAUUACUGGCUUCUAAAAGUGAAAGUAUCUGGGUUCAAGCUCUGAAGGUGCUGGGAUACUUUCUGAAGCAUUUAGGUCACAAGAGAAAAGUUGAAAUCAUGCACACCCAUAGUCUUUUUACUCUUCUUGGAGAAAGGCUGAUGUUACAUACAAACACUGUGACUGUCACCACAUACAACACACUUUAUGAGAUCUUGACAGAGCAAGUGUGUACUCAAGUUGUACAUAAACCUCAUCCAGAGCCAGAUUCUACUGUGAAAAUUCAGAAUCCGAUGAUUCUUAAGGUGGUGGCAACUUUAUUAAAAAACUCUACACCAAGUGCAGAAUUGAUGGAAGUUCGCCGUUUAUUUUUAUCUGAUAUGAUAAAACUUUUCAGUAAUAGCCGUGAAAAUAGAAGAUGUUUAUUGCAGUGUUCAGUAUGGCAAGAUUGGAUGUUUUCUCUUGGCUAUAUUAAUCCUAAAAAUACUGAGGAGCAGAAGAUCACUGAGAUGGUUUAUAAUAUCUUCCGAAUUCUUUUGUAUCAUGCAAUAAAAUAUGAAUGGGGAGGCUGGAGAGUCUGGGUAGACACCCUCUCCAUAGCACAUUCCAAGGUCACUUAUGAAGCCCAUAAGGAGUACCUAGCCAAAAUGUAUGAAGAAUAUCAAAGACAAGAGGAAGAAAACAUUAAAAAGGGAAAAAAGGGGAAUGUGAGCACCAUUUCUGGACUUUCAUCGCAGGCAACAGGAGCAAAAGGAGGAAUGGAAAUCCGAGAGAUAGAAGAUCUUUCCCAAAGCCAGAGCCCAGAAAGUGAGACAGAUUACCCGGUUAGCACAGACACACGAGACUUGCUCAUGUCAACAAAAGUGUCAGAUGAUAUUCUUGGGAAUUCAGAUAGGCCUGGAAGUGGUGUACAUGUAGAAGUGCAUGAUCUUCUAGUUGAUAUAAAGGCAGAGAAAGUGGAAGCAACGGAAGUAAAGCUGGAUGACAUGGAUUUGUCACCAGAGACUUUAGUGGGUGGAGAAAAUGGUGCCCUUGUGGAGGUUGAAUCUUUGUUGGAUAAUGUAUAUAGUGCUGCUGUUGAGAAACUACAGAACACUGUACAUGGAAGUGUUGGUAUCAUUAAGAAAAAUGAGGACAAGGAUAAUGGUCCAUUGAUAACAUUAGCAGAUGACAAAGAGGAGCUUUCCAAUAAUAGUGCAUCAUUUCUCUUUGAGAAAAUACCCAAACAGGAAGAGAAACUCCUUCCUGAACUUCCUAGCAAUCACAUCAUUCCAAAUAUUCAGGACACACAAGUGCACCUUAGUGUUAGUGACGAUCUUGGGUUGCUUGCUCAUAUGACUGGGAGUGUAGACUUAACUUGCACAUCAAGUAUAAUAGAGGAAAAAGAGUUCAAAAUCCAUACAACUUCUGAUGGAAUGAGCAGUAUAUCAGAAAGAGACUUAGCAUCAUCAGCUAAGGGGUUAGAAUAUGCUGAAAUGACGACUACAACUCUGGAAACGGAAUCUUCUGGCAGCAAAAUUGUACCAAAUAUUGAUGCAGGAAGUAUAAUUUCAGAUACUGAGAGAUCUGACGAUGGCAAAGAAUCAGGAAAAGAAAUCCGAAAAAUCCAGACCACUGCUACAACACAAGCUGUUCAGGGUCGGUCUAUCACACAACAGGACCGAGAUCUCAGAGUGGAUUUAGGGUUUCGGGGAAUGCCUAUGACUGAGGAACAGCGUCGCCAGUUCAGCCCAGGUCCGAGAACUACAAUGUUUCGGAUUCCGGAGUUUAAAUGGUCUCCAAUGCACCAGCGGCUUCUCACUGAUUUGCUGUUUGCAUUAGAAACCGAUGUACAUGUUUGGAGAAGCCAUUCUACAAAAUCUGUGAUGGAUUUUGUCAAUAGCAAUGAAAAUAUUAUUUUUGUACAUAACACAAUUCACCUCAUUUCCCAAAUGGUAGACAACAUCAUCAUUGCUUGCGGAGGAAUUCUACCUUUGCUGUCUGCAGCUACAUCACCGACUACGGAAUUGGAGAAUAUAGAAGUGACACAAGGCAUGUCAGCAGAGACAGCAGUUACUUUUCUCAGCCGACUGAUGGCCAUGGUUGAUGUACUUGUAUUUGCCAGUUCUCUAAAUUUUAGUGAGAUUGAAGCUGAAAAAAACAUGUCUUCUGGAGGUUUAAUGCGACAGUGCCUAAGACUAGUUUGUUGUGUAGCUGUGAGAAAUUGUUUAGAAUGUCGACAAAGACAGAGAGACAGGGGAAACAAAUCUUCCCAUGGAAGCAGUAAACCUCAGGAAGCUCCCCAAAGUGUGACUGCCUCAACUGCAUCAAAGGCUCCCUUGGAAAAUGUUCCCAGUAAUCUUUCUCCUAUUAAAGAUCCCGAUAGACUUCUUCAGGAUGUUGAUAUCAAUCGCUUGCGUGCUGUUGUCUUUCGGGAUGUGGACGAUAGCAAGCAAGCGCAGUUCUUAGCUCUGGCUGUUGUUUACUUCAUUUCUGUUCUGAUGGUUUCUAAGUAUCGUGACAUAUUAGAACCCCAGAGAGAAACAGCAAGAACUGGAAGCCAAGCAGGAAGAAACAUCAGACAAGAAAUCAAUUCUCCAACUAGUACAGUUGUGGUCAUACCAUCUAUCCCUCAUCCAAGUUUGAACCAUGGAUUCCUUGCGAAGUUAAUUCCUGAGCAGAGCUUUGCACACUCAUUUUACAAAGAAACACCUGCUGCAUUUCCAGAUACUAUAAAGGAAAAAGAACCUUCAGCCCCUGGUGAAGAUAUUCAUCUAGAAAGUUCAAUUCCUCAUACAGACUCAGGAAUUGGUGAGGAACAAGUGGCUAGCAUCCUGAAUGGGGCAGAAUUAGAGACUCCUGCAGGUCCUGACGCCAUGAGUGAACUGUUAUCCACUUUGUCAUCUGAAGUGAAGAAAUCACAAGAGAGCUUAACUGAAAAUCCCAAUGAAAUGUUGAAACCUGCACCUUCCAUAUCUAGUAUUAGUCAAACCAAAGGCAUCAAUGUCAAGGAAAUACUGAAAAGUCUUGUGGCUGCUCCUGUUGAAAUUGCAGAAUGUGGUCCUGAACCGAUCCCAUAUCCAGAUCCAGCAUUGAAAAGAGAAGCACACACUAUUCUUCCUAUGCAGUUUCAUUCCUUUGACAGGAGUGUUGUGGUGCCUGUAAAGAAGCCACCUCCAGGUAGUUUAGCUGUAACCACUGUGGGAGCUGCCACUACAGGAAGUGGGCUGCCAACAGGCAGCACCUCUAAUAUAUUUGCUGCCACUGGAGCUACACCAAAAAGUAUGAUUAAUACAACAGGUGCCGUGGAUUCAGGGUCCUCCUCCUCUUCCUCCUCUUCUAGUUUUGUGAAUGGUGCUACCAGCAAAAACCUUCCAGCUGUACAAACUGUUGCUCCAAUGCCAGAAGAUUCAGCUGAAAACAUGAGCAUCACUGCAAAACUUGAAAGAGCUUUAGAAAAAGUUGCUCCUCUUCUUCGUGAAAUUUUUGUAGACUUUGCCCCAUUCCUAUCUCGUACACUUCUUGGCAGUCAUGGACAAGAGCUAUUGAUAGAAGGCCUUGUCUGUAUGAAGUCCAGCACAUCCGUGGUUGAGCUUGUUAUGCUGCUUUGCUCUCAGGAAUGGCAAAAUUCUAUUCAGAAGAAUGCAGGACUUGCAUUUAUUGAACUCAUCAAUGAAGGAAGAUUACUGUGCCAUGCUAUGAAGGACCAUAUAGUUCGUGUUGCAAAUGAGGCUGAGUUUAUUUUGAACAGACAGAGAGCUGAGGAUGUACAUAAACAUGCAGAGUUCGAGUCUCAGUGUGCACAAUAUGCUGCUGAUAGAAGAGAGGAAGAAAAGAUGUGUGACCAUCUUAUUAGUGCUGCUAAGCAUCGGGACCAUGUGACAGCAAAUCAACUCAAACAAAAGAUCCUCAAUAUUCUAACGAACAAACAUGGUGCUUGGGGAGCAGUUUCUCAUAGGUGCACUUCAGAUAAAUACGGCACAGGUCUGAAAGAGCUCUUCUUGACACCAAAAUUCCAAUUGCAUGAUUUCUGGCGUUUGGAUUACUGGGAAGAUGAUCUUCGUCGAAGGAGACGAUUCGUUCGUAAUGCCUUUGGCUCCACUCAUGCCGAAGCGCUGCUGAAAGCUGCUAUAGAAUAUGGCACUGAAGAAGAUGUGGUAAAGUCAAAAAAAGCUUUCAGAAGUCAAGCAAUAGUGAACCAAAAUGCAGAAACUGAACUCAUGCUGGAAGGUGACGAUGAUGCAGUCAGUCUGCUCCAGGAGAAAGAAAUCGACAAUCUUGCAGGCCCAGUGGUACUCAGUACCCCAGCCCAACUCAUUGCUCCUGUGGUAGUGGCCAAGGGGACUCUCUCCAUCACCACGACAGAAAUCUACUUUGAGGUAGAUGAGGAUGAUCCUGCCUUCAAGAAGAUCGACACAAAAGUUCUUGCAUACACUGAGGGACUUCACGGAAAAUGGAUGUUCAGUGAGAUACGCGCUGUAUUUUCAAGACGUUAUCUCCUUCAAAACACUGCUCUGGAAGUAUUUAUGGCAAAUCGCACCUCGGUUAUGUUUAAUUUCCCUGAUCAAGCAACAGUAAAAAAAGUUGUUUAUAGCUUGCCUCGAGUUGGAGUUGGGACCAGCUAUGGACUGCCACAAGCAAGGAGGAUAUCAUUGGCCACUCCUCGGCAGCUUUAUAAAUCUUCCAAUAUGACUCAGCGCUGGCAAAGGAGAGAAAUUUCAAACUUUGAAUAUUUGAUGUUUCUCAAUACGAUAGCAGGACGGACAUAUAAUGAUCUGAACCAAUAUCCCGUGUUUCCCUGGGUGUUAACAAACUAUGAAUCAGAAGAACUGGACCUGACUCUUCCAGGAAACUUCAGGGAUUUGUCAAAGCCAAUUGGUGCUUUGAAUCCAAAAAGAGCCGUGUUUUAUGCAGAGCGCUAUGAGACCUGGGAAGAUGAGCAGAGCCCGCCCUACCACUAUAAUACGCAUUACUCAACAGGGACAUCUACCUUAUCGUGGCUUGUUCGAAUUGAACCUUUCACAACCUUCUUCCUCAAUGCGAAUGAUGGAAAAUUUGAUCAUCCAGAUCGAACCUUCUCAUCCAUUGCAAGAUCUUGGAGAACUAGUCAGAGGGAUACUUCUGACGUAAAGGAACUAAUUCCAGAGUUCUACUACCUGCCAGAGAUGUUUGUCAACAGUAAUGGAUAUCAUCUUGGUGUCAGAGAAGAUGAAGUAGUGGUAAAUGAUGUUGAUCUUCCCCCUUGGGCAAAAAAACCUGAAGACUUUGUACGAAUCAACAGGAUGGCCCUGGAAAGCGAAUUUGUUUCUUGCCAACUCCAUCAGUGGAUUGACCUCAUAUUUGGCUACAAACAGCGAGGACCAGAAGCAGUCCGUGCUCUGAAUGUUUUCCACUACUUGACAUAUGAAGGCUCUGUGAACCUGGAUAGUAUCACUGAUCCUGUGCUCAGAGAGAUUCCAGAAGUUUAUUUCAUUAGAGAUUCCCAUACUUUCCUCCUCACAAUGGACUUUAUUAAGGCCAUGGAGGCACAGAUACAGAACUUUGGACAGACGCCAUCUCAGUUGCUUAUUGAGCCACAUCCACCUCGGAGCUCUGCCAUGCACCUGUGUUUCCUUCCACAGAGCCCACUCAUGUUUAAAGAUCAGAUGCAGCAGGACGUGAUAAUGGUGCUCAAGUUUCCAUCCAACUCUCCGGUAACCCACGUGGCUGCCAACACACUCCCCCACCUGACCAUCCCUGCAGUGGUGACGGUGACUUGCAGCAGACUGUUUGCAGUGAACAGGUGGCACAACACAGUAGGUCUCAGAGGAGCUCCAGGAUACUCCUUGGAUCAAGCCCAUCAUCUUCCCAUUGAAAUGGACCCAUUAAUUGCCAAUAACUCUGGUGUGAACAAACGGCAGAUCACAGACCUUGUGGACCAGAGUAUACAGAUCAAUGCGCAUUGUUUUGUGGUCACAGCAGAUAAUCGGUAUAUUCUUAUCUGUGGAUUCUGGGACAAGAGCUUCAGAGUUUAUUCUACAGAAACAGGAAAAUUGACUCAGAUCGUGUUUGGUCACUGGGAUGUGGUGACAUGCUUGGCCAGGUCUGAGUCCUACAUCGGUGGGGACUGCUACAUCGUGUCUGGGUCUCGGGACGCCACCUUGCUUCUCUGGUACUGGAGUGGACGGCACCAUAUCAUAGGAGACAACCCCAACAGCAGUGACUAUCCUGCGCCAAGAGCCGUCCUCACAGGCCACGACCAUGAAGUUGUCUGUGUUUCUGUCUGUGCAGAACUUGGACUUGUUAUCAGUGGUGCUAAAGAGGGCCCCUGCCUUGUUCACACCAUCACUGGAGAUUUGCUGAGAGCCCUCGAAGGGCCAGAAAACUGCUUGUUCCCACGCUUGAUUUCCGUAUCCAGUGAGGGUCACUGUAUCAUUUACUAUGAGCGAGGGCGGUUCAGCAAUUUCAGCAUUAAUGGGAAGCUUUUGGCCCAAAUGGAGAUCAAUGAUUCAACAAAGGCCAUUCUCCUGAGCAGCGAUGGCCAGAACCUGGUGACGGGAGGGGACAAUGGUGUGGUGGAGGUCUGGCAGGCUUGUGACUUCAAGCAGCUGUACAUUUACCCUGGAUGUGAUGCUGGCAUUCGAGCGAUGGACUUGUCCCACGACCAGAGGACUCUGAUUACUGGCAUGGCUUCUGGUAGCAUUGUAGCUUUCAAUAUAGAUUUUAAUCGGUGGCAUUACGAGCAUCAGAACAGAUACUGAAGUGAAAUGAAGAAUCGGAAGCCAAGUUCAAGCUGAGAGCACAAGAGCUGCAUGGAAAGGCAGUGUCUGGUGGAAACACUCGUCUCCAUUCACCUCUGUUUGUACCUUCCAUCACACCCAGCAAUAGCUGUACAUUGUAGUCAGCAGCCAUUUUACUUUGUGUAUUUUUUCAGAACUGAACACGAGCUGCUAUCAAGCAAGCUUAUAUCAUGUAAAUUGUAUGAAUUAGGAGAUGUUUUGGUAAUUAUUUCAUAUAUCGUUGUUUCUUAAGAAAAGGUUAUAGGAUGUGUCACAAGAGACUUCUGACAAAUCUGAGGAACCUUGUGUCCAGUUAUUAAGCUUUGAACCUAACCUGCAUCCCAUUUCCAGCCUCUUUUCAAGCUGAGAAAAAUAAAAAUAAAAACACGUUUGAUACUUUGUACAUCAGAUGCAUCUUAUUUAAAGGGAUACUUUUGUAAAAGUAAAACCUUGUAUAAAGAACAAAAUGUUUCUUAAUUUUAUUGUGGAGUUACCACUUGCAUGUUCUUUACUCCUGAUGUCUAGAUGGAACAGUGCAUUCACACUACGAAGCAGAAAGACCUGUCCAAGGACACAGCUUGUAGGAAAGGGUGGAAUUGGGGCUCAAUCAAUACUUUUUAUAUUUUCACCAAAAUAUGGUUUGCACUUUUUAAUUUAAGUUCAUCCCUUCUAAGUGAAAUUUGCUCAUAAGUCAUUUGGAUAGUAAGCCAUUAUUUGCCAUUUUUGGUACUUUACACAAAGAAAAUUCAGCCCUACCCUUUAUAAUUUGAAGACACAGCAGAAAGGGGGCUUAGGGAUGAGGUCCUGGUUUCGACUGUAAAAACAGGAGUCAUGAUCACUAGUUCCAUGGUAAAGACUUCCCCACAUGUCUCUUGCAGAGUCAUCCCGCUGGCUUUGUUUAUAUGCAUUAGAGGAGGAGAAAGAUGCUCACAUUUUUUUCUUCUUUGGUUUUUGAAUAGCUUAGGUUUCUUUAGUAAAAGUUCAGACAUUAUUACAAGAAUAAAUGAAGUUAUUCUUUUAGGUUCUUGUGAAAUUCUCACCUAAAGCCACAUUCUUAGCCUAAGGCAUUUCAUCUUUUAUGAUAUAAAAUGAUGGCUGUCAAAUGAUUUUCCAUACAUUGUACUGAUCAAGUAAUACACCCAGGGGUAUAUACACUUUAUUCAUGUUUCUUCUUUGUAUAUUUGGUGACUGUAUCGUCAUAGAUGUACAUAUUGUGUCGGUAGGGCUAUGAGGCAUGUUACAGGAAUGUAAUUUUCUCAGAAUUUACACUCACUUGCAGUCAUUUAUUUAAAAAGAUAAAACAAAAUAAUGGGUUCUUUGUAUUGACACUUUGCACCAGAAACAUAUCAUUAUUUAUUGAUGUGAUUAUGAUUACUUAUUUGUUAUCCACCUUGUACUAGUAAGUUUAGCACUGAAUUAUUCCUUCUUCAUUGUUGUUUGUAUUUAUGAAAUUCUGAAAUUAUGGGGAAUCAGUGUAACGAUUAAGUUAUUCAUCACCAGGCUGUAAGCAAUAUCUUGAGUUUGUAGCUUAGAAUUGGGAGGAUACUGAACAUCUGGAAGACAAGUUCAUUUCAUCUUGAGAUCAUGGUGAAAUAUUUUGGAUAUAUAAAUUCCUUAAGCUAUUGUAACCAUGUUUUCUUGCAAAGAUGUAAAAUAUGCCAGAUGUGUGUGAGUUGGAAAUCAAAAAAAGAAAAAUAAAAUAUGCAAAGAAUUCA